AUGAGGCUAAAUGUUCGUGUUGUCGAAGCCCGGAACCUGCGGGCCAUGGAUUCCAACGGGUUUAGCGAUCCGUAUGUGAAGCUGCAGCUCGGGAAGCAGCGGUUCAAGACCAAGGUGGUCAAGAAGAACCUGAACCCGACUUGGGAUCAGGAAUUCAGCUUCUCCGUCGUCGGCGAUGUCCGGGAUGUGCUCAAGCUGUAUGUAUAUGAUGAGGACAUGAUUGGAAUUGAUGAUUUCCUGGGGCAAGUGAAGGUGCCAUUGGAGGAUGUGCUAGCUGCUGAGAACUACUCACUCAGUUCGCGGUGGUUUCAGCUUCUUCCGAAGGGCAAAACGGACAAGGCGAUUGACUGUGGAGAAAUUUGUAUUGCAAUGUCUUUGGAAACAGCUGGAGCCACACGCUCAUUGUCCGAUGACCUUGUUAGUGAACUAACUGACAUGCAGAAAGAUUGUUCUCUAUCAAGUCAGAGCACAGGAUCAUCUGUUGCAUUAUCUUAUCAAGGAAGUGAAGCUUGUCAAGAAGAAAGUGUCAAUGGGAAUUCGGGCAGAGCUGAUACCACUGAAGAGGACAACUGUAUUCAAGAUACUGACAAAAAUCAAACUACUGCAGAAGAAAAAACCAAUGGGAUUCCUAUUGCAGCUUCCAGUUGGAGUGAAGUUUCUAACACGGAUAAGUCCAGUAAGCCAUCGUUUGUUGAUCGUUUCCGUCAAAUGUUUGUCAGGAAAAGUGAUGUUGUAACUACCCCCACGGUAAUAACUGACAAAUCUGAAGACAUUCAAGAAGCAACAACAGGAUAUGAAGCUCCUGCAACUGCAAGCCAUAUUAAUGGUGCGUCUACAGAUGCUUCAUUUGAUGAACUAUUGAAGUACUUUGAAUCAAAGCAUCAAGAGGUUGAAAUGCCUGUAGAUUUACAAGGAAUUCUUGUUAACAAGGCAUACAUCACAUCGCCUAGUGAUCUGAACAAUCUUCUCUUCUCACCAGAUUCAAAUUUUCGACAAACAGUGGUUGAACUCCAAGGUUGUUCUGAUUUCAAAAUGGAAUCCUGGAAAAUUGAUAGUGAUGGGGAGUCCUUGAAGAGAGUGAUAACUUACACAACUGCACCAUCCAAAUUGGUUAAAGCUGUUAAAGCAACAGAAGAACAGUCUUAUCUGAAAGCUGAUGGAAAAGAAUAUUCAGUUUUACUGAGUGUUAGCACCCCUGAUGUUCCAUAUGGUGCUUACUUUCGGACAGAGAUUCUUUUCCGUAUUUUGCCAGGCCCUGAACUUGAUACUGAGCAACAGACGUCACAUUUGGUAAUUUCUUGGCGCAUAAAUUUUCUUCAGAGUACUAUGAUUAAAGGUAUGAUAGAAAAUGGAGCAAAACAAGGGUUGCAGCAAAACUACGCCCAGUUUUCUGAUUUUUUGUCAGAGAAGAUCAAACCUAUUGAUGUAGAAGAUGCUGGGUCUGACAAGGGACAGGUCUUAGCAUCGUUGCAAGGGGGGAAGGAGUCCGAUUGGAAGAUAGCAUUUCUGUACUUCUGCAACUUUGGUGUCUUGUGCUCUCUUUUUGUAGUCAUAUACAUUACUGUGCAUGUUCAACUAAGAAGUUCUGGUUCACAUAAGGGGCUCGAGUUUCCUGGAUUAGAUCUGCCAGAUUCUCUCAGUGAAAUUGUCAUGGGUGGACUUUUGUUUCUUCAAUUACAACACAUAUUCAAAAAAAUCUCGUGCUUUAUUCAGGCAAGAGAACAAAAAGUUGGUGAUCAUGGUGUCAAGGCACAAGGUGAUGGAUGGUUGUUAACUGUUGCCUUAAUUGAGGGAACCAAACUGGCUCCAGUCGACGCUACUGGUUUUUCUGAUCCUUAUGUGGUGUUUACUUGCAACGGUAAAACUAAAACAAGUUCAAUCAAGUUCCAAACACUGGAACCUCAGUGGAAUGACAUCUUUGAAUUUGAUGCCAUGGAUGAUCCACCAUCAGUGAUGAAUGUUCAUGUAUAUGAUUUUGAUGGACCGUUUGAUGAAGUUACCUCACUUGGACAUGCUGAAAUUAACUUUGUCAAAUCAAACUUGUCAGAGCUAGCUGAUGUAUGGAUUCCUCUUCAAGGUAACUUGGCUCAGUCCUGGCAAUCAAAGUUGCACCUAAGAAUUUUUUUGAGCAACUCAAAAGGAACAAGUAUGGUUACCGAGUAUCUGAGCAAAAUGGAGAAAGAAGUUGGUAAGAAGAUGACAUUGCGGUCUCCUCGAACUAAUACUGCAUUCCAGGAGCUCUUCUCUCUUCCAGCAGAAGAAUUUCUCAUUAGCAGUUUUACCUGCUGCUUGAAGCGAAAAUUGCACACGCAGGGCCACCUGUUCUUAUCUCCAAGAACAAUUGGAUUUUAUUCAAGCAUGUUUGGCCGUAAAACAAAGUUUUUCUUUCUAUGGGAAGAUAUUGAACAGAUACAUGCAGUACCACAAUCAAUAUCAUCAUGGAGUCCAUCCCUUGUAAUAACUCUUCACAAAGGUAGAGGCAUGGAUGCAAAGCACGGUGCAAAGAGCAUGGACAAUGGAAAGCUAAAGUUUUGUCUGCAGUCUUUUGCAUCAUUUAAUGUGGCCAAUAGGACAAUCAUGGCCUUAUGGAAAGCAAGAUCUUUGAGUACUGAGUACAAAAUGCAGAUUGCUGAAGAACAAUCCCGAGGUAAUGAUACUCUUCAAAGUGAGGACAGUGGAAUAUUUGUUGGUGUCGAGGAUGCAAAGAGCCUUCAGAUGAAUGAGGUUUUCUCCUCAUCGAUUUCUGCCAAUAUGGCCUCGCUAAUGGAAGUGUUUGGAGGUGGUUCUUUCGAGAUGAAAGUCAUGAAUAAAGUUGGAUGCCUAAAUUAUUCUGCCACACAGUGGGAAUCAGAUAAACCUGAUGAAUAUCAAAGGCAAAUUCAUUACAAAUUUAGCAAGAAGUUGUCUCCCAUUGGAGGCGAAGUGACUGGAACCCAGCAGAAAUGUCCUAUGCCCAACAAGGCAGGGUGGAUUAUUGAAGAGGUGAUGGAACUGCAAGGAAUCCUUUUUGGUGAUUUUUUCACGAUUCAUAUACGGUAUCAGAUCGAAGAUCUUGCACCUAAGCAGAGGGCGUGUAGUGUUCAAGUCUUUCUUGGGAUUGAAUGGUCGAAGACCACUAGGCACCGAAAGAGAAUCGAGAAGAGUGUUCUUUCCGGUUCAUCAACUCGCUUGAAGGAGAUGUUCGUGCUAGCAUCAAAGCAGCUACCACACGCCAGAUAAGAAUUCUCACCUGUUUCAGUCCUGUGGAUAAUACUGAACGACUGAACAUUUGUUGGACACCCUGUGUAUACAUUGUUUGAUUGAAGAUAGACAAGAUUCAUUUGUUGGACAAAUUUAGACUUCAGAGUUAGUUUUGUAGAUUCUUCAAUAGCUUAGGCAUUGUGAUGGAUUUUUUGCUUUAGAUCACAAUGCCAACUCAGAGUUUGUUGUCAUAGAUCAUAUACAGCUGCAGUUUGCGUGGACAUUUAGAUACCACACUAAGUCUACAAGCCUAAUUGCAUGGACAUGACGUGAUGAGCUAUAAUCUGGCUGGACCCUGCAGUUUUUCUAUGUAUUUUACACCUUUUCCAUUGAUGUAUAUAGGAUAAUAGUGUUUUGUCAUUUGUUUCUUUUGUACCAUUGAGCUGUACAAAAGCAGAAAUAAGUGGUGAUGCAAUAAAGUUGUGAAAUACACAAAAAGGAGAUAUCUCCA